AAUAGGUAGAUAUCUUCAGCACUCAGGCUCACCCGAGCCCAGACUUCUCAUUGAGAAAAGGGUGUCAGUUGCAUUCAGGGACCAGUUGAUCAAAUCCAUAAUUCCUCUUUUAGGCUUUAGAGAACAGGCUGUGAGAGAUUGUUCCAGGGAAAAGUAAUACAAAAAACACGAGACUAGACAAGGACACAAGAGGCUAAGCAGGGAAGCUAAGGGAGAGGAGGAGGAGGAGAAAAGUGCGACCACCUUCGUCAAGAGCAAGAGAGGAGAAGAAGAAGAUCACUGACAUAAGCAGUGCAAAGGAAAGUCUUUCCACAAGAGUUUGAGCUCAGCCUUAGAGAGAGUAAUAUAAAAAGGGGAAAUGAUAAAACUUCAAAAAGAUUCAAAAACUACACACAAAAACCAACCUGUACGAGUAGAUUUUUAAUAACUUUCAAAUCGGGGAACUCACUGAGCAGAGCGGAGUCUCCCUAAAAACUCUGACAUACAAUAAUAAUAAUAAAGAUUUAAAAAUACUCUUACAUUGGGGAAUGUAAGGGAAGCCUCAUUUUGCUAUGUAGGGCUUGGGUCUUAAAACAACUCAAAAAGGCAUGUUAUAUAACUCUUCCCCACUUAGAGAAAGGUGAGGACUUUUGUCAUUAGAGAGGGCUCAGGGAGCUCUGGUUGAGUUAGUUUGAGCAUCUGACUAAGAUUCUCCUUUGCUGCCUCUUAGGUGUCAAACCAUGAGGCGACCUUGGGAAGGACCCAGAGAUUAGCAGUUCUGCCUCUCGGCUGGCUUGGUUGGUGCCAUUGGUGGUGAGCCGGAGAAGCAUAAAAUGGAGAGGGAGAAAAAUCUGCAUCAGACAGGGAUGCAUUGAAAGGUCCCUCCCUGAUCGGAUGCAAAUCAACAUGUAUUCCAAAGAAGGACUUCAGCAGCCUGAGGUAGUCAGUCAUUUAAGUACCCAUCCACUGCAAAGAAACAGUGCAGGAGUGAUACUGCAAAGCGGCUCUACCUUUGGGUGGUACUUAUUUGAUUUCUCUUGGGAUAGUUUUACAAAACAGUUUAUGCAAAGACUGCUUUGGAAAAUAUCCACAGGUAUCAGUGCAAGAAAUAACACCGAACUGCCAGUGACCUGCAAAUAUGCAACUUUUAAAUAUCCUAAAAUUGAGGCAGCUAAAUGUAAAGACAAAAUGAGAAACCUUGGAUGAAUUUUGAAAACAUCAAACAUCAUUGGGUCUCCAAAAAGAAAGUAACUUUGGUUAAGCUGCAGAAGAAGAAGAGGUAAUGUUGUGUGAGACACUAGAUGAGCUACAAUAAUAGAUUUUUUAAAAAAAAGACAACUUUACAGCCCAAUAUAAUGAGUUGUUGGGCUGGACCAGAACACUAUAGUAUCAUAAUCUAUAAAUUACACAUCUUAAUGUUCUCCUAGUUUUCUUUUAGUAUACAGCAGUACAUUUUGGAAAAAAAAAAUCAUGAAUCAUCUUCAUGUCUCAGUUUUUCCACAGCCUGUGCCAGUCUACAGCGAUAAAUGAAAGCAAACGUUGUGGCACAGAUUCUUGACUAAAGCUAGUGUCAUCUCACCGCUUUCUUAUGUUUGUUCACAAGUAAACUGCAACAAUGAAAAAUGAUUUUUAAAAAACCAAACAUGCUUUCACUUAUUUCCUGUUAUAUGUAUACUAUUACAAAAGGGAGUUCUUACAAUAAAAAUGAGCUGUUUUAUUUUAAAAAAAACUGACAUGUUUCAAGUAAUGAAGUCUGUCUGUUUCCUUUUUUUAUUUAACCUUUAUUUAUACAGGUAGUCCCACUGAGACUCAUGGUCUCACUUACAAGAGAGACCUGUUUCAGACAAACAUAUUAAAAUUGCAACAACAAAAAACAAUAAAUUAGCUAAAAUUGUGUAAUGUUUACACAAUCAUAUCAAAAACAAGAACAAUUUCGUGUCAUUUGUCUUUUAAUGUCAGCACGUGAAAUCUUAAUGCCCUGGGAUAAACAGAGUCCAACAGAUGGAUCGAAUGAGCAGGGGUGUCCAUGUAGAUGAUAUCUAUCACUAUCUAUCUAUCUAUCAUCUAUCAGUGAUACUUAGUUGUCUAUCACUGUAAUCAAGGAGGGGUAACGUUAGCAACAGGUGGUGUUAGCAACAAGCUUUUUCCUUCCAGUGAAAGAGAAACACAAUCAAUUUUGGAAAAUGAACCACAACUUCAGCCUCUUUAACCUGCUAAAGUUUCUUUAACUGGUAGUCAAUAUGUGACUAGUAAAGAUUAUUCUACCCUUAAACUAUUUAAAUAAGGAACAACAUGACCUUGUUUUUUGUGCAUUUAAAAUUAGUCUGAGCUGACACAGCUGUUACUGUUACUAUCAAAGCUAGCUGUAAUUGGAGUGAGCACAACAAUAAAUGAUUCUAUCAUAAAGAGUAAAAACUGAAUGGAUGGAUUUAGAUUUUGUCCCAAGUCAUUAGCAUAAAUAGCGGCACUCCAUUAGUGACAUUUAAAAAACUAGAAAAGAGACCACAGAACUGCACACACUGCUAACAGUCAGAAAAGUUUCAAAAUCCACCCAAGUCCUUGGUCUAAAUGGCCAAGCAGUUGGGUGGCAGCCAAAAACACAGACUUCAGACUCACCUAAACACAUGUGGCUCUUCAUGUUGUCAAUGAGAGAUGAUAUCUUUAGUAUGGCUACAGAAAUAAAUGGAAAAAAAUGGCUUAAAAGGCGGCUGAAGGAGUUUAAAAUGGUUGUUUGAAAUGGAAAAUGAGCUGCCCAGGCCAAGUAUGUGAUAAACAAGGAUUCUUUUGAACUCAUACAAAGAAGUAACAGUAAGAACGAAAACACGAAGCUGGAAAUUCAACUGUGUUUCACUGAUAUAGCAACACUGAUCUCAAGUGGAUUUAUAUUGUAUACUUGUAUAACAAAGAAAAGACCAGACAAUAUACUCCUUUUAUAAUAUACCAAUAAUAUAAUAAUAUAUCAAUAUACCCUUUAAUUGGACAAGCUCUCCAGCAGAAGUUCUUGGACAAGCAUUUGUGUGCCAUGACUAGUUAAGGAAUAUGAGGAAGGAGAAGUGAAAAAAGUGAUCAUAGAAAAACCACAAACAACAAAGAAAGCAAAAAGUAACCUGGAGCACAGGGAAAACAAAAAACUGUCUCAUGAAAAUAUGCAGUUAUGGCAUUUCAUGCUGGGGGGGUGAAAAGAAGGCAACAGAAGAGAAGUGCUCAGUGCAUCAUGGGAAGUCCCCCAGCAGUGAGAGGCUGUAGCAGCAUAAUGAGCAACAGGCUCAGAGUCAUGUGAUUAGCUGUAUCAAAGUGAAAGUUUGAGGCCUGAGCAAUCGAUUCUUUGUGCAACAUACAGGAAAACGUAAAAAAAAAAAUGCCUGCAGUUAUCUUUGACACAUGAGCCACCGAAUGGACCCGAUGCAGCGAUAUAUUUCCCACGCUUUUAUUUACAAGCUGCAAUUAUAAAUACAUGAAUAACUCUCACUCUCGCCUCCUGAAUAGCCUUAGAUCUAAAUUCAGGGUACAUUCAAGCUGGUUAGUUGUGAUUAAAAUAGAUUCUGCAGAGUGACACAACGCGGCGGCAACUCAUCAACAGGGAACCUGUAUAGCGUGCUGUAUUACACAUGCACUGUAUUUCCUCAUCACACAUCAGGUCAGUUCAGAAGGAAAAAAAAGCCCCUGUCAUUUGUUUGGGUGUUAGAAAAAGGGUGACUUUGACCUAUAAACGUGGGAAAUCACAAACCACCCACAACACACAUGAAUGUGUCAGCGAGGGGCCGCACCACUGAAACGACGCUUAUCUUUACAUCUUUUACGGCAUUUUGCACCUUUUUACUCGGCUGUUUUGUAAAUAUAUGUUUCUCUUACUCUAAAAUCAUUGUGCAUUGGAAAUGCAUGAAACUGCAUGUAAUUUUAGUUUUUAGGUUUUAUUCAGUUUCACACCAGGCUGUAUGUGCUGGUUUGUAGCUCUGUGUUGUUCACCGCCCCAACACCUACACCACAGCCUCCUUCCUCCCAUCUCUCAAACUACUCUAUAAAAAGAAAAAAAAACUCCAUCUAAUCUUCACUACAAGCUCAUGUAACAGGGAAAACCCUGACAACCUGACAUGUCUUUGAGAGACAAGCACCACAUCAAUUUGGACACUGAGAGUGCAACACACACUAGAAUGGAGGAGAAGCCAAGGUCGUCUUACAGGCACCAGCUGCUGCAGGCUUGGUGCAGUCUCCUCACCGUGGCCAUGGUGAUUAUGGCUGUACAUCUCGCUACAAUGAAUCAGAAGCCAGCGGAGGUUGGAGUCCCUACACCAGAGACCAUCAACUCAACUCAUUCAGGUCCCAUACAAAGGCAGAUUCAGGAACCUUUAAAGUCAGGAAGCUCUCACUCAUUCAUCCAGCUGCACCAGCGUAAUGGACGUCUGUCUGUAGAUCUUGGGGGGAAAGAGUCCCUUACCCUGGGUGGAAAGUCCAUCACCGUCCAGAAAAACGGGAGCUACUUCUUUUACGCCCAGGUGACCUUCAGGGAAGAAUUAAGGCAGGAGAGACGUGUGCUUGUGGAAAGAACUGGCUUUCAUGAUAACAAAACUAAGAAACUGGCUGAGGGCAUCUACCCGGCCUCAACAGAGAACUCAGUGUGGUUGGCCAAGAUUGUCAAACUUAGACCGUGGGACAGGGUCAGCAUAAAUAUAACAGGUGAAAUUCUAAAUGACCAUACCUACUGGGGUGUCAUCGAGCUUCAAUAGAACUGGUGGUCUGGUUGGACUGGUAUGUUAGUUGUGGCCCUAAAUAAAUCUGUUAAAAUAAAAGCAAACUGGAUUUUUGAGCCAGAUAUUUAAAGUGGAAAUAUUCUGCUCAUUUCCAGAUGUAUAUUUUUAACCUUGGACUCACGAUUUUAAAUAAUGUUUUUUUUUUUAAUUUUGUAAAUUAUUUGUUUUAGCCAUUCACUUCUGUUCAAUAAUAAGUAGUUUGUGAGCGCCCUCUGCUGCACCACCAUCUGAACUGCAGACAGUUUUUGUACAGCGAUAGGAAGUGAAAUUUCUCUCCUAGAUUCCUUCUGUCACUCCUGAUAUGGUCAUAUUAGGAAUUACUGCCUUAUAUGACGUCAUACAUAUAAUUUAAUAUACGGAAUACUUGUACAUAUGCUGACCUCAUUUUUUAAAACAUUUUUUAAACACUGGUACUGUUUAACAUGUUUAAGUAAUAUAAAUAUAUAUAAAAGGAAAAGGAAUGGGUCCCCUUUAACUCUCACAAUAUUUAAAAAAAUACUGCAGGAAUUUGAUCAUGGUCUACAAUUAUUAAAGACUCUGUGGCUAACAUGGAACACUACAAUAAAGAAAAAAAAACUCCAUAUGCAGGUUUUAAUAUAGACUUUACUAACUGACACCUCGUACUCUUAAUAGGCCACAUCUUCAUAGUAAAUAAAGGUCAAACAAUCGUAUACUGCAUCAGUCCAACCUGAACAGUUUUAAACAUGCCAGCUGGUUCUGAGUUGUUUUUGAAUUUUUAGGCCGACAUGAAUGUAAACUGUGAAAGUCAUUGGAAUAAUUAUGUUCCUUUUCACUGUUAUCUGCUUCUGUAAUUUAUGUAAUUGAGUAUUCUAUUUUGGUUGUUGAAUUCUGCAUAUAGACGUUUAAUAAAGAGUAUUGUAAACCAUCCUAAUGUACU